GUUCUGAGAGUGUAGUUUGUUUCUUUCUCAGAUUUUGCUCAAUUUUGACGAUAGCACAAGAAGGUCGACGUUACAAUACAGCUGCGCAUCAUGUCCUACACAUAUCCUCUUCCUGAGUUGAGUGACUACGACGUUUCUGAGAAAACUGGUUUCCUCCCAGAGGAGCUUCCCGUCACUAGACUUCCAGCUUAUUACGAUUCGUGGGAAAAUACUGUUGGCGUGCUACCAGCACUCUUAUUAACAAAGCGCAUACGUUCUGUUGUGGACAAAUUCGAAGUUCUAGACACAUCGCACUUGGAAACCGAACCCCAAUGGCGCCGGGCCUAUUCGGUGCUCGGAUUCCUAUCCCACGCUUACAUAUGGGGGGUCGAUAUUCCGACCAACAAACUGCCUGUGCAGCUAGCUAAGCCAUGGAUCGAGAUUUCUGACCAUCUAAGAAUUCCACCGAUUGCAACUUACGCAGGUUUGUGCCUCUGGAACUGGCAGGAGAUCCUUCCGCAAGAAGGCAAGUAUGAGGACGAUGAAACAUUUUUGGACAACCUACGGACAAUUAGCACGUUUACUGGUUCCACAGAUGAAUCGUGGUUCUAUCUGGUGAGUGUAUACUUCGAGUAUCGGUGUGCGCCAUGCAUCAGAACGGGUCUGGAUGCAAUCCGAUACGCUAGGAGUGACGAGCCAGAAAAGGUGACUGAAUGUCUCAAAGAACUGGCUGAAAGCAUAGAUUAUUUAGGCAGUGUGUUGAUGAAGAUGGAGGAAAUGUGCGAUCCCCAUGUUUUUUACUACAAGCUGAGACCUUACCUUGCCGGCUGGAAAAACAUGGAGAGUGCAGGCUUGCCUAACGGCGUUUACUAUGGAGAUGAGAAAGAGCCAAGGCUAUUAAGUGGCGGGUCAAACGCCCAAUCUUCUUCGAUCCAGACGCUAGAUUUGCUGUUGAAUGUGAAUCAUAUGGCCACUGGAGAGUCGACUUCAGAUGAAGCACAUGCCAACCCUUUUAUGAGCGAAAUGAGAAGCUACAUGCCUGAGAAGCACGCUGAUUUCUUGGAGCAUCUAUCAAAAGUCAACAUCGUUCGUGACUAUGUUAUGAAAAACGCUUCGAAGAACAAGGAACUGGUGCUUGCGUAUGAUGCCAGUGUUGCCAUGUUGAAAAUAUUCAGAGACAAACACAUUAGAAUUGUCACUCGUUACAUUGUCAUCCAAGCACAAAAGGAGAAGACCAUGGGAUCAGAGGGUGUGCAGAAGAGCACGCUAAGAGCUGGUUUGGCUAAAAGCAACAGCAAAAGUAAGGUGCUGAGAGGUACUGGUGGUACUGCGUUAUUGCCAUUCUUGAAACAAUGUCGGGAUGAAACCGGUAAUACUGCAGCUGGUAGUUGGGGUAAAAGACUCUUGUCUGUUAAAGAGAAAAACAGUUUUGUUACUGAGGAGAAAAUAGAGGGUAAAUCUGGGAAGAAGGCAGAUGCAGUAAACACUUCCAGUUUGACUUCCACUAUGGCUGAUAACGUCAGAAACUAAAACAGCUCGUGGUUACCUUAGUGAACUUUUUUUCCUAUAUACAUGUACAUCUUUUUUUAUAUAUCUCUUUACGAAUAAUGACAGCAAACGCCGCAAUAUUUUACUGUGACAAAAAAGUUCAUUGCAUUCUA